AUGUCUGAAGAUAAAUUAGGGAACAAGAAAACUGGUCCUCAAAAAAAAAAUGUACCAGCUAUCUACUGCCUCAACCUUGGUCUGAUAUCUGGAGACCUGAGCCGUAAGACGAACCCGCUGAUCAUAAAGAAGACAUCACACUUAUCACCCGUGACAAUUAAUAUAAAAUCUGGUGUAUCCAGAGUUCCAAAUUUGCCAACACCUCUCCUCCCUCGGAAGUUGUCAGCGAAACCGCCUACAUCACAAAGGAAAAUUAAACGCCUUCUAAAAAAGACGUCACUAAAGCGAAAGCUGUUAAAGAUACCAAAAUUAAGAAAAAUUCCCAAGCUGCCCAAAUUACCACGCUUACCUUUAAUACCGUUUUUGCCACCCAUUUUACCUAAAUUACCUCUGCUACCGUUACCUUUAUUACCCAUCGUGCCACCGCUGCCUCUUUUGCCACCGAUUUUACCGAGAGUUUCAAAAUUACUGAAACCUCUCCGUGUUCCAAUAAUAGGUAAAAGUAAAUUGCAAAAAGCAUUGGGAUCAGAACUAAAACCAGUUCAAAUUCCGUGGACAGGGAGAGAUGCGAGAAACAGGAAAGGUAUUUUAGAAAAACUCUUAAAACUUAGAAGAAAUGGAGCACUAUCCGCUGCUGAAUUCCACAGGUUUAAAAAACUUUUGUUGUGA